AUGUCCGGGACCGACUACAACUACGAUGACCAGGGCCAGUUUUUUCCCUAUUUCAUCCUCACUGUCACCACACUCGUCACUGUCCCCACCACAAUCUCUUUCUUAAGACCGAGCAAAGAACUCGAAAACACAGGAACGCGCAUAGAGUCCGACUUCACCCCCAAACAUGCCGACCUUAUUCAGGGCCAGCGCAAGAAGCAGAAGCGCAUGGAGAGGAGGAUAAAGCGUGGCCUUUUAAUGCUGGGUGGAUGGGCGCUCAACGCUGCCAUGGUUUACCUGAUAAUUGUUACGGCGCGAACUACGCCUGACAUCUGGGAUCCCUAUGAUGUGCUGGGUGUCUCUAGGGACGCCGACGAGAAGGCUAUCAAGAAGCAUUACCGUAGACUUUCGCUUAGCCUCCAUCCCGACAAAGCCCGCGAGGACCCCGCCAAAAACGUCACAAUACAAUCCAUCAACGACCAUUGGGUAGACGUCACCAAGGCUUUCAAGGCUCUUACCGACGAGGAAAUCCGCAACAACUUUCUACAAUAUGGCCAUCCCGAUGGCAAGCAGAGCUUCAGUAUUGGCAUUGCUCUGCCUCAAUGGCUAGUCACUGAGGGAGCCGGCAAAUACGUUCUGCUCAUCUACGCGCUUGCACUGGGUGUUAUUUUGCCUUAUACCGUCGGAAAGUGGUGGUACGGAACACAGCGAUUGACAAAGGAAAAAGUGCUUGUCGCAAGCGCUGGCAACAUCUUCCGCGAUUACGAUAAUGACCAGGGCGAAGUAGGAGUCGUCCAUGCGCUGAGCAGUGGAGAAGAGUUCAACGAAAUAUUCGCCGGUAACAAAGCAGAAAACGGCUUGUCCAAACUCGAGCAAAAGGUGCUCUCUGAGGGCGCCGACUCUCUUAUCCCAGCGACACUGACUAGGAAGGACCGCCAAAAGCUAGAUGACCUGGAAGAUAGCCGAAGACGCAAAGUCCUGACUUUACUGUGGGCAUACCUGGGCCGUGUCGAACUGGAUGACGAUACCUUGAACGAGGAGAAAUUCUCUGUCGCUCCUGUGGCGCUUCGUCUCAACGAAGCUUACACUGCCAUCGCACUCGCAUACGGUAACACCAAGGCUGUUCUCUCCGCGUACAAGACCUCACAAAACGUCAUCCAAGCUUUACGCCCAGGUGCCUCAGCUCUGGAGCAGUUGCCAUACUUCACGCCUGCCGUUGCCACUGCUGCCGAAGCCGAGCGAUCGAGAACGCAUCUGACCAUCCAAGAGUUUAUGCAAAUCCCAGAGGCUGAGCGAAAGGCGCGUCUCGUCCAAUCCGGUCUUCUCUCUCAAGAACAGUAUAGCACAGCCAUGUCUGUGGCGUCAAGAAUCCCUCUCUUCCAUCUCGACAAAGCGUUCUUCAAAGUCGUUGGCGAGCGUUUUGUCACACCAAGCAGCUUGGUUCAAUUCGUACUCAAGGGUCGAUUUAUCCCAUCAGCCGCCACUACACUUCCUGAUGUUAACCCGAAAGAUCUCCUCGAUAUUGACCCCGCGGAAGGCGACGUCGCCGCAAUCACCGGACGUAAGAAUGAUCGCUCUGGAGAGAAGCCCAUCCAGCCACCUCUAGCCUACGCCCCAUAUUACUCUCGGGAUCAUGCGCCAAGAUGGCACGUGUUCCUUGCCGACAGCAAGCAGGGUCGCAUUGCAGUCCCUCCCUUCACCUUCUCGACUUUUGACAAGCCUAUCCUUGAUGAGAGCGGUAAUCCCACCUACAAUGUCCAGACACUAAAGAUGCAGUUCGGUGCUCCACCACAGGCCGGCAGCUACACCUUUGUCAUGCACAUGAUAUGCGAUAGCUACAUCGGUAUGGACACCAAGAUCGAGGUAACACUUGUUGUGGAGGAUGCCAGCAAAGCGGAAGAGGUUGAGGAGGAGGAAGAGAUCAGUGAGCCAGAUGAAGAUACCCUCGCAGGACAGAUGCGCCAAAUGAAGACUGGUGUUCCCGCGAAGAAGCGGAGACAGGCAAACGACGACUCAAGUGGCAGUGACACCGAAGGCGAUGUCGAGUCCGAGAGUGAGACCGACACUGAUACCGACUCGGAUGACGAGUAAACUGCUUCACUUUUCAUUACAAUUAUGCAUCAGGCGAAGAUGGAAGCAGAACUUUGGAACAACGAAGAAGCUUGGUAUCGACUUUUUGUCCAGCCACUUGAGCCUCAGCCGCUCGCAUUUCUAGGCGUUCAGGGAAUGGGAUGACUUGCGACUAGGGACUAUCCCUUGAUGCUUUUAGAUGAGGCGAAACUUCCACUGGAUAGGACUCUAGAAGCAGGUGCAUAUUUUUAUUUUCCUCCAA